GGUAGGGUUGUGUGUUGAAGCAAAAAUGCAUUCGAGUCACUUGCUUCUCGAGGAGCCUAUUCGGAUGAUUUCUAUCCUUGAGUCAUCCAAGGCCAGCUUCUUCCCCGCAAUGACGAAGAUCGUUGGUACCUUGGGUCCUAAAUCUCGAUCGGUAGAGAUUAUUUCUGCGUGUCUCAAAGCUGGAAUGUCUGUGGCUCGUUUCGACUUCUCUUGGAGCGACCCUGAAUACCACCAGGAAACUUUGGAGAAUUUGAAAACUGCUAUCAAAACUACUAAGAAGCUCUGUGCUGUUAUGCUGGACACGGUGGGUGCAGAAAUGCAGGUUGUUAACAAAAGUGAGAAAUCGAUAUCGCUUCAGGCUGAUGCUCAGGUUGUUCUUACUCCUGAUCAGGGACAAGAGGCAUCUUCACAGAUACUGCCUAUCAAUUUUGAUGGACUGGCAAAGUCAAUGAAGAAGGGAGACACCAUUUUUGUUGGUCAAUAUUUGUUCACAGGAAGUGAAACUACUUCUGUGUGGCUAGAGGUAUCUGAAGUUACAGGAAAGGAUGUCGUUUGUACUAUAAAAAAUUCAGCAACAUUGGCUGGAUCUUUGUUCACUUUGCAUGCCUCUCAAAUUCAUAUUGACCUGCCUACCCUCUCUGAUAAAGAUAAGGAGGUUAUAAGCACCUGGGGACAGAAAAACAAGAUUGAUUUUCUAUCAUUGUCAUAUACUAGGCAUGCUGAAGAUGUUCGCCAGGCCCGUGAAUUCCUUUCUAAGUUAGGUGAUCUAGACCAGACUCAAAUUUUUGCGAAGAUUGAAAAUGUUGAGGGAUUGACCCAUUUUGAUGAGAUUCUACAAGAGGCAGAUGGUAUUAUCCUUUCCCGUGGGAAUUUGGGCAUUGAUCUGCCACCUGAGAAAGUAUUUUUUUUCCAAAAAUCUGCCCUUUACAAGUGUAAUAUGGCUGGGAAACCUGCUGUGCUUACACGAGUUGUGGAUAGCAUGACUGACAACUUAAGACCAACUCGUGCGGAAGCCACUGAUGUUGCCAAUGCUGUUUUAGAUGGAAGUGAUGCAAUACUUCUGGGUGCCGAGACUUUACGUGGGUUAUACCCUGUUGAGACUAUUUCUACAGUUGGCAAAAUUUGUGCAGAAGCUGAGAAAGUUUUCAAUCAAGACCUUUAUUUUAAGAAGACCGUCAAAUAUGUUGGAGAACCCAUGACCCACUUGGAAUCCAUUGCAUCCUCUGCUGUACGAGCAGCUAUUAAGGUGAAGGCUUCCGUUAUUAUCUGCUUCACGUCGUCUGGAAGGGCAGCAAGAUUGAUAGCAAAAUAUAGGCCAACAAUGCCAGUUCUCUCUGUUGUGAUCCCCCGACUAAAGACAAAUCAACUGAAAUGGAGCUUUAGUGGGGCUUUCGAGGCUAGGCAAUCACUGAUUGUAAGAGGUCUCUUUCCCGUGCUUGCGGAUCCCCGACAUCCUGCCGAGUCAACAGGUGCCACAAACGAAUCUAUUCUCAAGGUUGCCCUUGAUCAUGGAAAAGCAUCUGGAGUUAUAAAGCCACAUGAUCGAGUGGUGGUUUGUCAGAAAGUUGGCGAUGCAUCUGUGGUUAAGAUUAUCGAGCUUGAAGAUUGAGUGCGUUGGUACAACUACAGUUAAGGCUUUUCUUUUUUGGUCCUCAUCAAGUUUUUGGCAGUAGCAGCAGAUCGGUCAUUCUGCUUUCGGGAUUUAAGGUUAUCUCCACUGUGUUUGGUGGUUAGUUAUAUUUUUUGUGUUGAAAAUGAAUCUUAGGCUAACUAUUAU